UUAAAUGCGUGACAAAAUAUUUUGCAAAUUUUAAUUUUAAUUACGAAAUGUCAUAAGAAGUGAAAAUAUAAUGUAUUUAGCAUUAUAAUUUAUUAUCUUAAUCAUUAAAUCAUGAAGAAUUUAAUUUUAAUAACAUAAGAUUAAAUUCUUACUUUGAUAUUUAUAACGGUAAAAAUUUCAAAUAUAUCCGCAAUUUUCUGGCAUGGAAUAAUUUUUCCGCAAUAAUCUGGUUGUGGAAUAGUUUAUUUCCGGAAAUAUAUAUUCUUCUCGUUUUUUUAAACUUCACUUGAAUUUGAGUUGAACCUUUCAAAAUGACCAGAAUUUCGUUUUAUUUCACAGUUUUCUUGUGCAUUUAUGCUCUUGCCAUCAUCGGCUUGGUAAAUGCUGGAGGUGAUGUGCCUUCUUCUAAACCAGAAUGUGGACUUGUUUCCCUACCUUGUGCAACGCUUAAUUGCCCAGAAGGUGUCGAAAAGAUUUAUGAAGGUGCCGGAUUCUGCUGUUGUUACUUUUAAUUUGGUCACUUCAGCUGAACAGUUCUGUUAAAAAGUUGUUUUGUUCUCCAAGGUUAAAAUCAAUAAAUAAAUCUAACAAUGAUGAUUUAAGUUUCGUCUUAACUUAUCAAUUUAACUGUAAAUUACAAAAAAGAAAUACCUAAAUAAACAUUACAACUUGUGAGCUUUAACAAA